ACAACACCGGAACCUACUACUACUGCAGUUACUACAACACCGGAACCUACAGUCACCGUAGUUACUACAACCUCUGAAAUGGUUAGCACAACCGCUACUACACCGCCCGAUGUUAUCGACCCUAUUGAAGAGGAGCCGAGCGAUGGGAUCAUUCAGAUUUCGUCGAAUGUCAACAAGACCUGUGACGAAAUCGAGCCGGAGGACUUCGCGCAGGAUGUUGUCAUUGAAAACAAAUUCGAGAUGGAUGACUUUGAAAUGGCUCUACACAGACUGAAGGAUAGCGAAGACAGCUAUUGCGCAGUGCAAACUCUCCUUUCCCAAGAUCCCAACAACACCAUGAAUAGCUCCUGGUACUACAUGGACGACGGUUUAAUCCAGAUGGAAGUCGGGGAGACGUACCAGCCAGAUGUCCAUAUCAGCGAAGGGCUCUUGAUUAUUCUGCCUCUAAUCGACGACGAUGGCAACCUCAUUAUCGUUGUACUAAUCAGGACCUUUAACGAUGAACCUGCGAGCCCAAUCGUCCAGAUCAGUCAGACUUUUGCGGACCAUGGUAACUGCCACUGCUUAAAAAGAGAGUCGUUUCAGGCGUCUAAUGUAGCAGAUGACGUGGCGUUCCACCUAUCACAGCAUUUUCAGGAAAAGGAGACAAACAUAACAAAGCCAAGGCGAUCCCGUAGAAAUGCAGAGCCGGACCCCACCAUGGAUUACAUCAACAUGCUGGACGCCGUCCCGCCCUUCCGACGCACAAUAAAAGACGUCAUAAUCGCGAGAGUGAUUGAGGAAGACUGCAACGAGACGACAACAGAGCCUCCAACAAAAACAAAUGCUACACUAAUAGAAGCAUCUACACCAGUAUACACAUUGAAGUACAGUGGUUCCAAACCAGGGGAGCGUGAAGCGUCUACAGGGGAGAUAGGAGGAAAAAAUGGCAUAGCAUAA